UCGUUCAAGAAUCACAUUUUCCCCUUUUGGCCGGUCCUACUCGAGUACUGCUCAGCUGCUUUCAAAGCUGCAUAUACAUAUAGGGAUGGGUGGUGGCGGUGAACGGGAUGUUGGAUGUGAUAUAUGCGAUGGGAUGAAGUGGCGGAGGGGAGUACGACAGUUAAUUUCCGAUCCGUACCUUAUGUAACAACCUAUAUUUAUGUUCCGGAAGGGGGGGAGGGGAGAUUCUUGUUUGUCUCCUUCAUGUGGCCUUCUUCCCUUAUCCCUUCGCACUUCUUUUGUUUUCCUCUUUUCCCCUUCCACAAACCCCUCCGAUUCCCACAAGAUACCCAUUGUCAACAAAGACCUGGAAUGCUUCAAUUGAGCUCACCGUCCCUUCUGUGUGUUACCCCACAGGUCGAGGAUCACACAACUCACUAUACCAACUCAAAUUUUCGGACUCGACGGUAUGCGCCGCUUCGAUAUCCAAUGCCCCGUCCAACUACUUCUAUCCCCAAGUCAAGCUAUCGGAAAUAGCAACCAUGCGGUACCUCCUCCAAUCCCCGCGGUACAAAAUACCCAUCCCAGAGGUGUACGAUUGGGACCUCACCUUUGACAACCCUGUAGGGGCUCCAUAUGUGCUGCGGGAAGUGGUGAUUGGGAAGAACAUGGCGGAGGAUGGGCGCUUCUACAGGUUGAGGUCUCAGGACAAGAUGAAGGUGAUCAGGGAGCUAGCACUGGUACAAGCGGAGUUGUCCAAGCCCUCCGAAUUCACAGACAUCGGGAGCAUAUACCAUCGGGGGGAGGAUAGGUCGGAAUUCUAUGUCGGGGAGCUAAUCUCGGCGGCCUGCGGCGAGGAUUUUCCCGAGGACGAGGAGGCGGUUCCCUCUAAGGGUCCCUACUCGAGCCUUCCGGAGCUAUGGCAGGCAAGGUUAGAGCGGGAGGCGCUCCUGGCUAUCCGCAAUUGGUCCUCACUCAGUUCGGACUCGUCUAUAAACUCAUUACCUCCGUCAUCGAAAGCAAACCCCCAGCAAUUCGGAGAGGUAUUGCAGCUACUUUCUGGCCUCACAAAUCUAUUCACCCCUCCACAGGAGCUAGCAACGCUAUGCAUUCACCACUCCGACCUUGCAAUCCGGAAUGUGCUGUUUGACGAGAAGACACUAAAAAUCACAGGCGUAAUAGACUGGGAGUUCGCAGCCGUGGUGCCACUAGUCAUUACAGGCCGCUUCCCGAAUGACCUAGGCUGGGAAGGCAACGAAUUCGCUCGCUCACUCGGCAAGCUGGGGACCGCAGCAGAGCAAUGGAACCACCACUACUAUGAUUGGACUAGCCUAGAAGGCGUAACCCCACCACCGGCGCCCAGUUGCGCCGUCUCCGAAAGCCCCCUCUCCACGGCACCCAGUUCACCGGAAGACUACCUCUCAGCACCGAACACCAGUCCACCAACCCCCCCUUCCCCGGACGAAGGAAGCCUCUCAUGUUCGGAGCGUCCCGGGGGAUCACAGAUCCCCACGACCCCAACCCCCCAACAACCGUCGGAUAUCCCCUCCCCACCAUCCCCGCCCUUGCCCCCACCACCAACCUCUCAAACCUCGCAGAAGGACCUGGACAUCCGCGCCGCGCGCCUCGUGCAACUCUUCUAUCUGCGCAAGUACUACGCCUCGUGCGUCGCCUCGCGCGACUUUGCCCUCACGCGCCUGUUCAUCGACUCGGUAGCAUACGUCAAGUUCAACGAGAUUGUCAUGGGCGGGCAUGAUAAGUGGUUCUCGGCGAUCGAGUGGAUACGCGAGGUCUUCUGGAGGCUCAAGACACUGGGCGAGGACGAGGCGGAAUUGGGCGAGAGGCUGAGGGGUGGGAGGGCCGUCGUUAUGGUUCCAGAGGUCUUUGCCGGGCGCGCAGAUAGGGGGGUGGUGGAUUUGGGGGGGUGGGAGGAGAGGCUGAGGAGGAAGCGGGGGUAG